AUGACCGUUGAACGCAUCGGCACAUUCGACAAGGAAAGCAUGUACGAUCUGGAUACGAUCUAUAGCACGAUCGAACGGAUGAUCGUUCUCAUCCGACAGCUGUCCGGGGUUUCUCGGCUUGGCGAAAACGGUCGCUCGCUUUCCUUCGAGUUGCAAUGGAUGAACGCCGUCGACGAGCGGAAGUACCAGAUCGAGGAGCUGCACAGUUUAAUACAGUACCUUUUCGGUCAAUUUCGUAAAAUUUUCCUCGUCAACAAAGAUCUGUACGCGCAGCUUAAUAAGCGCGGUGGUCGCGUCUUCGAGCUUGGAAAGCAGAUCGACUCGCAAGAUGAUAGCAAAGGACUGUACUUCCUCGCUGAUGCCAUCAAGUAUGAGCCAGCGCUUAUGGCCAUGCAGCGUGUACUUGAUCGAACGAUGCGCGAGAUCCGCAUCUUCCGCAAUCAACGCAAUCAGCACAAACUGGAACUAUGCAUCGGCCACAUUCGGAACGAAAACUACGACAAGGUGUACGAUGAGUACUGUUCCUUCGAGAACAGUUUGAGCCAGUUACCGUCUAUCAUUGAGGCCGUUUUCGAGCGCGAUAUAAGAAACCUAAUGAAGAUCUUGCUGUUUCUCAGUGGCUACCGAAAGCAGAACAAGGCAAACUCAGCGGAAACUUUCGUGACGGGAUGUGAGUGCUUGGUGCGGCAUCUAAAGCAGUGCGGCACUUUCUACGAGCAGCCACAAUGUCUUCUUAUCUACGGAUUCGUGGUGGAUGCACUUCAAGAGCGACCGGAUAAAUCAGUAGCGUCCCUUCACGAGGAUGUGUUCCGUGAGCGGUUAGAAGCGGUACGCAACGAAAUAGUUCCCUGCGUCCAGCGGACUGUCCUAUUAAUCCAAAACGAUCCUCAGCCAACAGCGCCACUCGAUAGAUUGUUCCACCACCUAUCCGACGAGAUUCUGAUCGAGCUGCUGAAGCGGGCCUAUCAGGGAGAGGUCCGGAACCUGAACAACAUACUGCAGUUCGUUUCUCACCUUUCGCGUAUUGAUCACGACAUCAUUAGCUACCGGGUGUUGUAUGGCCAAAUGGAACACUACGACCACACCUAUCGGCCCGAGAUAUUUUUGUUGGCGUAUCGCAUCAAACAAACGAUGUCGGACUCUGGGUUUGCCACAGCCACUCUUCGGGCAGAUCUGGAGCGAUUGAAAACCAACCUGCCGUCGGUGGUAAUAUCGAUUUUGUGGAAAACAGUGACCAUUUCGCGUUACGAGUCGAGGAUUCUGCUCAAAUUCGGAGCCAUUGGUAAGGACAUUGGCUUCUCGCGGUACAUUGCCGACAAGAAUCGGAUCGAAUUCGAGCCCCUCGAGGAUGGAAAUUGCUUUCGCAUUCGCGGUAUUGCUAUCAACGGCUACCUAGGCGAAAGUGGAACCGGACUUCCGAUAGUUGCACCGAAGGGCGAGAGUGUGUCGAACACAAAAUUCCGUUGGAAACUGCUCCCGGUGGGGGAUUGCGAAUAUUUUCGCCUUCAAAACUAUGCCAGUGGUGGGUUGCUGUGCUCGCGGAUACCAAGCGAAACCCAGGACUACGAUUUUUAUAACAACCAGGAAGUCCUACAGCUGACCGGCAACAAGCGAGCGCUCACGGAACAGAACAGCUACUGGAAGAUAACCGAAUAUUCCCGCGGUUCGCGCAACGGCAGCAGCGAUUCGGAGUGUUGUAUUCUGUGA